UAAAUUAUCCAUACCAGGUUUUCUUUAAUAUCAUACAUGCAUAUAUAUAUAUACACAUACAUAUACAUACAUAUACGUGUACAUAUAUAGUCGUAGUAUAAUGAGAAUUUAUAAUAGUAAAGGAUGAAAUAGUGCCAUAGACAUGUAGUUACGAAUGAUAUAGAUAAAUCAUGUUCAUGUAUGUACACAUAUAGUGUUCCGACAUUUGCUAUAUCUUUACAAAUGAAAUACUUGUCUUUUAAUUGAAUAGUAAAGCAAAAUUGUGUGGUGAUAAUGAAUUGUGAUAUCACGGCAAAUAAACAUGGCGCUUAUUUGAUACCGGAGUCUUUUACUUGGACUAAGCCGCAAACGUUGUUUCAAUUUAUAUCAAGUUAGCAAUUUCAUUUUCCGCAUUUUUUCAUAGAUAAUUCAAACUAUUUACGAUACGGUGAAUGUAUCGUCUAUAUUUCGAACUGUUUUUACGAGGAAACGUUUGAUAGACCUGAACGUCAUACAUGUCAAAAUGGCCCGGGAAUAUGAUCAUUUAUUUAAGCUUCUAAUAAUAGGAGAUAGUGGUAAUGUUGAAGGAAACUAUUUGAAAAAUGAAGUACUUCCUGAUGGAUUGAUUAAAGAUACUCCAUUAAUAAUAUUAAAGAUUGUAAUAUAUAAUAAUAAGGCAAAGAAAGUCACUACAUUUAGAGUAGGUAAAAGUUCUCUGCUAUUACGAUUUGCUGACAAUACUUUUAAUGGCAGUUACAUAACGACAAUAGGAGUGGAUUUUAAAAUUCAAACUGUGGAUAUAGAUGGUGAGAGAGUAAAGCUCCAAAUUUGGGAUACAGCUGGACAAGAACGUUUUCGGACAAUAACUUCAACUUACUACAGGGGAACACAUGGUGUUAUAGUUGUGUAUGAUGUGACCAGUGGUGAUUCUUUUGCUAAUGUUAAAAGAUGGUUACAUGAAAUCGAACAAAAUUGUGAUGUGGUCAACAGGGUACUUGUAGGAAAUAAAAAUGAUGCACCUAAUGAAAAGGUGGUAUUAACAGAAGAUGCACAAAGAUUUGCUAAUCAAAUGGGAAUUCAGUUAUUUGAAACUUCUGCUAAAGACAAUAUAAAUGUGCAAGAAAUGUUUAUGGCUAUAACACGGCAAGUAUUAAGAACCAAAAAGGAAAGGAAGGAACGACAAGCUAUACAAACCAGUGAAACAGUCAAUUUAAGAAAAAGCACAAAACAGCAUAAAAAAAAGUGUUGUUAACAGAAUUGUAUAAGCAUGCAAUCUGUUCUUAAUACCAUUUAAUAGAGUAAUAAAAAUGAAACAAAACUAAAACAGAGAGCAUGCUAUAGCAACAAAAUGAUCAUGUAAUGUAAUGCCAACGUUUUUUAAAACUAUUAAGUUUUGUAUCUAAAUUACAACAUCGAAGAUUGUAUUCUCAUAGAAAUAUACUUUGAUGCUAGUAAUGUUCAAUAUACAUAGGAUGCAAAUGUUAUGAGUGUGUAGUGUUUAUUUAGUAAAAGUAACUUUGUAAGUAACACACUUUUCAACAAGCUGCAUAUUUUGAAUGUGGCAUUAGGAACAUAAAGGCCUAUUUAUAUUGUACAAUUUACAAUUUACAAAAAAUUAGCACAAAAAAGAAAAAUGAAUUAAAUUAUAUACACAGCUGCUUCUUAUCCAUUCUUUUUACUGCAAAAUAUUAUUUAUAAAGAAAAGUGGUAUAAAAUAGAAGAUAAAGGAAUAUAUUGUACAAAGCUCAAUCUAAAUUUAUUGAAUAAAAUGAAAAAACGUAAAAUAAUGUAUGUGAGAUUUGAAUGAUUAUGGAUAAAUUUUUCUUAAUAAGUUACCAUAAUGUGAAUUCAACAUAGAUAAGGCAUGCUAUUUAAUAAAGAGAAGACGAUCUAUCUUCAUCAGCAGGUUCAGGUAAUUUUGUGCAUAUUCAUUGUACAAAGUUCCUGUAGUUUGAUGACGCUUUAGAAUGGACUUUACAAAUCAAAUUGAAAUAAACAGUAAUAUAUUUACGGUAUAACAGAGGCAAGCUGUUUAAUUGAUGAAGGAAAGGUUACACUGUGUCAAUUUAAAUAUUAUAAAUUCAAUUAAAAUAUAAACACAGACUAUUCAUUAUUUGAAAACUGAAUUAACAAAUUGAAAAAAAUUAAAACUAUUUAUUUUUCAAUAUGAAUAUAUGUUGUAGACUUGAAUUCUGUAAAGUAUAUCUUGCAAUAUGUUAAUACAAUACUAUUAGCAUUUGUGAAAUUUUUAUUUUUAUGAACUUGAUUCAAAUAAUUAAUUUUUUAAAUAAUAUGAACUGAAAUUUUUAUUUUGUUUGCAAUCAGUUUCAUUGUUGAAACUAUUAUAAGUGUUUCCAUUAUCAUAAUAAUUAAAGUAAAAAUUAUUAGCAAAUUUUUUAAGUAUGUAUUACAUAUAAACAAUUAAAAUUAACAUUUUGUAAUUAUUGAAAAGACAAACUUCUGAACACGUAAUAAUUUGCCAAGUUUGAUAAUAAAUGUGAUUGACAUAUUAUAUGUGCUAUAAUAACACAAUAAACAUAUUUUAUCAUCUGUGAUAAUAGUUAGGAUACUUAUCUAGCUGCCGCUGUAAUACCGUUAAAAACAGCUCCGUAAAUUAUUGUAAUUGAUAUUACAAAUUUUUGGUCAAAAUAACAUAUCUUUCAAAUGAGGGAAUGAAGCGGCAUCCUAUAAUAUGUAAAUAUUCUACUUGCCAGUUUUAGUGGCAUAUUACAAAUAUUCCAAUCAAGCAUAUUCAAUAUUGUUUACUGUUAUACAGUUAUAACAUUGUAAUAUGAAUUAUUAUAUACUUUAAAAUAUAAAUAAAUAGAAUCUACGUGUA